AUGCCGCCUUCAUCCUCCCCCGCAGCGUCCAUCCUCAAGUCAGCCAAGCCGGCUGUCGACACCACGGCGGCGACGACCACGGCCGGGAAGAAACGCAAAAUGGAGGAGAUGGAUCUGUCGUCGUCGCCCCCGUCAUCCCCUGUCUCCGAUGCAGGGAGCCGUGAUGGGCCAGCCCCCAAGAAGCGAGCCCGGGUCCAGUUCGAGUCGGAUGUCGAGAUGCGACAUCUUCCCACGGCAGCAGAUGGAGACGAGAACGAAAAGAGUGCCGCCGUGGUCCGCGAAGAGGUCCGCAGGGCCAUUCAGAGGCAUGUUUCGGGCACCGACAGCGAGGCCUACGACCGCAUCAAGGAGAUCUUCUCCAUUGACCCGAAGAAGGCGGAAGAGGAUGGAUCAUACGACGUGCCUACCCACACCACCCUCAAACGCCAUCUCAUGGGCUUGCUGUCGAACGUUGCCAUGCUGGACCGCAACUGUUUGGGCCUUGUCAACGCUGUGUUGGGCAGCGAGUGGCUGGGACGAGACGAAUCCUACGUCAAGUUGUUCGUCCGCUUUUUGGGGAAUCUGGCUGCAGCGCAGGGGGGCUACCUGCGUUCGGUUUUGAAGAUGUUGGUCGGCUAUUUCGGAGAAGUUCCCAAAGGCACGGGAAAGCUUCCUGGGUAUCCCCCGGUCCGUAACUCGGAGAUCUACGCUCGAACCCACAUGGCGCUGCGCUAUGUGAUGCAAUUGAUUCCUGCCGGCAGUGGCACUCUGUCGCCCAUUCUAUCUGGACAGUUCCCCUUCGACACGGAUUCGGCCAAGGCCAAUGUCGCUUACACGCGGAACUUGAUCAAGAUCAUCGAAUAUGCGCCCGAAUUGCAGUCCGACAUUCUCGCACUGAUCACGGAGAAAUUGGUCAAGAUCGACGUGCAGAUUCAGGUGGACAUGGAAGACUUCGAGGACGAAGUGGGGGAGGACCUGCUCGAGGAGUUGUCCCGCCCGGUUGAUCCGACGGGUACGGAGGAUGAAGACGAGUCCGACAGCGAGUCUGUCGCAAGCGACGACGAGUCUGUCGACGCGGAGACGCGGCGUCUCAAGGUCGUCCGGGACAACAUCCGCAAGCUCGACUCGAUGAUUGACACUCUCUUUGAAUUCUAUGCCCCACCCUUCACGAGUGGCACGCUCGACGAGAAGGAGAACGCCUUGGACCUCUUGUUGAGCCAUUUCCAGAGCAUCAUCCUGCCAACGUACCGAUCUCGCCACUCCCAAUUCCUCCUGUUCCAUUUCUCGCAGUCGUCCCCGAUCCUGGUUGAUCGAUUCGCCGCAACGUGCAUCCAGAUUAUCUUCAGCAAGGUGCAGCCCGCGAUCAUUCGUCAAUCUGCGGCGGCGUAUCUUGCCAGCUUCGUGGCGCGCGGUGCGCACGUCUCGUCCGAAGUGGUCCGCGAUGUGUUCGACCUGCUGGGCAGCCAUCUGAACAAUCUCCGCAUCGAAUACGAAGCCACCUGCAGGGGACCCGAUCUACGGCGAUAUGGGCCCUUCUACUCGACCGCGCAGGCACUUCUCUACAUCUUCUGCUUCCGCUGGCGGGACCUGACCACUGCGGCGGCCGAGGAAGGGGGCGUGGCGAAUGAUGAAGACCUGGACCCGGAGGAUGUGACGUUCCCGCCGUCGAUCAAGGAACUUCUCCACCGCGCCAUCUACUCGAAACUGAACCCGCUCAAGGUGUGCUCUCCGGCGAUCGUGUCCGAGUUUGCGCGGAUUGCGCACCACCUGCGGUUUCUGUAUGUGUUCCCUCUGCUGGAGACGAACAAGCGGCUGCGGGUGUCGUCGUUCCGGAGUCUGACGGCGCUGUCGGAUCCACGCUUCAGCCAGGUGGAGAGGGAGAGCCGGGCGGGCGACGACGGCGGGUACCAGCUGGACGCGUAUUUCCCGUUUGAUCCGUACCAGCUGCCGCGCAGUCGGCGGUGGCUGGAGGGCGACUACGUGGAGUGGCGGGGCAUCCCGGGGGUGGACGACCGGGACGACGACGAUUCGGACAGCGCGGUCGAAGACGAGGAGGAGGAAGAAGAGGAUGGCGACGAGGAGCCGACGGCGUCGGAUGAGGAGUAA